UUGUAGUAUAGUGGUAAGUAUUCCCGCCUGUCACGCGGGUGACCCGGGUUCGAUCCCCGGCAACGGCGUACUUUUUUCCUUCUUUCCCUUAUAUUUUAAUUUUGAAGUUUCAUUCAUUUGCGGAGUGGAAGAGGUAGAUGGAGCGAACUGCAUAUAUAUACUUCCUGUAAAACCCCCUUUUCCCGCCAUCGACAAUCUUUCACUAUCUCUCUCCCAUUUUCUCUCUCUCUCUUCUUCUUCUUCUUCUUCGAUGGUGAGGACUAGAACCGCCGCACCUACAGAUUCCGAACCGGAAAAUGACGAUAACCUCGAAGUUAUCUCAAUCGGUUCACUCUACAAUGGACCUUGGGACAAGAAGUAUUGGAGCAGUUCUAGGGGAAAAGAUCGAUAUCCAUAUCCAGUUGGCUACCAAGCUGUUAGAGCUCAUAAUGGUACUACUUAUAAGAUGGAAAUUGUUGAAGGUGUUAAUGGGCCUAAUUUUUUGAUUUCUUCUGAUGAUGGGAAUUCAGUUUCUGGUAAAACUCCAGACUUUGCAUGGAAGGAAUUUCAGAAGAAAGGUUGCACCCGCAUGAAGAGUUGGCAUGGGAAGCGACUUUCAUCUAAGAUGGAUGGCUUGGAGCUCUUUGGGUUCAAAAACCAGUUUAUUCAGAGGUUGCUUCGUGAACUAGGGGCAGAUAUAAAUGGAAUAGUAGAACGGAGCAUAGUACCCUCAAACAUCAGUAAUGAGGUUUCUAAAACACAGCAUGAUGAUUGCCACCCUAAUGUAGGCACCAGUCCUGAUUUAUUGGUUUCCUUGAAAAGAUCACAUGUUACAGGGAAGAGAAGUAGACAUGAACUUAAAAAAAAGAAGUUAAAUGGCAGAUCUGGACCUCAAUCUGUAGAACUUGCUUGUAGUAGUGCUUCAGAUGUAAAGAAUGAAACAACACUUGUUGAAGGGAGUUCUACAACCAACAAUGGUUUAGAAGACGAGGAUGGCGCCCACAAUCAAAUAGAUGUAUCACCUUCGCUGCCAAUAAAGCCAUCUGUUGGUAAAACAAGUAAUUGCAUUGCAUCCCAAAAUGGCCAGCUAUUGAAUCCUAUUGAUAUAUCUGAGGACAAAAAAGUGGGAGCUGUACCUUCGGAGAGACAGACAGGGUUUCUCUCCUCUGCAAAUAAAAAAAGUACAGAAAUAACUGAAAACUUGUCUACAGAAAAACUGCUUCAUAGGUCACAUGAUGUGGAGAUGAAAAUGACAAGUUUGUUGGUCACAGCAGAAGAUGACAAAGUGAUGCAGUCAGGUUCUAAAGAGUCUCAGGGUUGUAUUGGCAAUGAUCUUUGUGCUCCUGAUACACUAGAUUUACAAGAAAAUGCCUCUGAUUCUGCACCAAGUAAUUUGGACAAGAAUACUUACAGUGAGCCAGCUUGUGAGGUCUCCUCUGAAGAUUUGUUAAAAUCAAAACACGAGGAAGUGCUUAGACCUGAUUCAAAUCUCUGCUCAGAGAAAAAUGAUUUUAAUUCAGCUGGCCAGAAUGUGGCAAAUUCAAUGAUGUCACUUCUGCUUCCUCAAGCAGUUCCUUUACUGAGUAAUGUCUCAACAGAUAAGAAGUUUACUUUUAUCACUUCGGAUAUAUUGCCUUCUAUGGUAACAAACUCUAAGGAAGAACAAAAUGAAGUUGUACAUGUUUUGGAUGUACCAUCAUCUGAUAAAAUGGUAACAGAGGAUGCAUAUGGGGAACAAGGUGAGAAGAUACAUAAGCCAAAUACUGGCCCAAGUUCAAAUUCUUAUAAUACUGAACAUAUGAAGUCUAUUGUUCUUGAUAGUUUUGAGUAUAGUCAAUGUGAGGAUCUCAAAAACUCAGAAAUCUUAUCUUUUGAUAUUGUGGAAGCUGAUAAAUCUAGUUUCACUAAAGAAAUGUGUUGUCCGAAAAGUCAAGAACAGCUUCCUGGUGAUUUGCCAAAUGGACCAUCCACAUGCUGUGCUUCAGAGUUGGAAUUUAAAAACAGACCUCCUGAUUACGAUGCAUGUGUUCCUGAUUCUGUUCUGGAUGACAUGUCUCCUCCUGAUGUAUGCAUUCCUGAUUCUGUGCUGGACGACAUUUGUCCAGCGCAUGAUAGUUUCAGUUCACUGCAAAAUGGCCUGUCAGCUGGUCAGGAUUUUACUGGAGAAAACACACAAGAUGAAGCUGUUGGUAAAACAGGCAAUGUUAAAACAAUGAUGAUGUCUUCUUCUCAGUCACCAAAUAUUGUAUACACCAGAAGAAAGAGGCGAAAUUCUGUUUGUCUCCAAGGAAAUUGUUUCUCUGUGAAGAGUAUAGAAUGUGACAAGAUUGAACUAGGUACUCGUCAAACUCAUACUGCUAGAGACACUGUCCUUCCCUCAAAAACCAUUCAAACAAAAAAUGAUAAACUAUGCGAACCAGAUGAUUCUGCAGGUUUAUUGUUAGAAACACUCCAAGCUCAUAGUGACAUACCAGAUGUACAAAGCAACUUAGCGGAGCUAAACCAUUCAUCUCAGAAUCCAAACCCACUUUCCUUUGAAAAUAAGUGCUCUGGUAGCAAGGAGGCUCAGUUUGUUUCAGAACCAAUGGUCCAAAAAAACCAGGAACUCAAGAAUAAUCUGAACAGCAAUGUAAAGUUUGUAGGGUGCUACAUGCACCCAAUGCCUGUUUCAUCAUUACUUUUAAAAACAAGAGAGGAUGAAAUCCACAUUUGCGUUUUAUGUGGCCUUACGGGUCAGCACAGAACCCUGUUUACCUACAAGGUAGCUAUCAAGGGAUCAAAUUUUGGUUGCCCUUCUGUCAUGGCUCACACCCCAAUAAUGUUGCCAGAUCCAAAAUAUAACUUCAUGGGAGAAACUAUCCUGGAAAGAACCGGGGUGGAGUUGACUCCUGAUGGACAGUAUAUUGUCUUAAUAGGCAGCAUAAAAACCCCCAAUUGCAGGGAAGGAAAAAUUGAUUGUUGUUGCUCAACAUGCACAUCAGUCUGCUCCAAGAAGAAUGCUUUGAAGAUUGUUCAUGUAGAAAGUGGUUAUGUAUCAGUUUUGGCAAUAUUGGAAGCUGUUGAAGAUUUACAUUGUAUUUUGGUUUGUGAAGCUAACCGACUUGUUUCUGUUGGAGAGAGUGGGAGACUACAAGUGUGGGUCAUGAAUUCAACAUGGAGUGAAAAGAUAGAGUGCUUCAUCAUUCCAUCUGAUGGUUCCAUGUCCCCUGGCAUUGUGGAAUUGAAGAGGGUUCCAAGGUGUGCUCAUUUGGUUGUCGGCCGAAACAUCUAUGGAGAAUUCAGUUUAUGGGACAUUACCAAGCUCAAUUGUGUUUCAAGCUUCUCCGCUUCAAAAUAUCCAAUUAAUGAGUUCUUUCCCAUAAGCUUGUCCGAUUUGCAAACUAAAGGCUUGGGAUUGAGCUAUGCUAGCAUAGAGGAGAAGUCUGAAAAACUUUUAGGAGCAACCAAUUUCUGGCUCUCAGAGCAAAGAGAGACCGGCUGUGUUUAUCUACCAACUGAAGAUGUUGCUAUGUGGUUUCUUGUCUCGACUCCCUCGGACUUUGAUUGUUGCCAGAAUCAGGUUUCAACUUCAAGUCAUCACGAUGUACAUACAGCUAGAAGUUGGAGGCUUGCUCUUUUGGUGAAAAAUAGCAUAGUUUUUGGAAGUCCCUUGGAUCCUAGGACAACCACUGCUGGUGUCUCAGGUGGUUAUGGAAUCAUCAGCACAAGUGACGGUGUGGUAUAUAUGUGGGAAUUAUCUAGAGGAUCCAAGCUUGAUACUUUGCACCAUUUUCAUGAUGGCACUGUCACAAGUGUUGCUACGGAUGAUUUGAAUUUGAAUUCAAGAAGUGCCGUGGGAGUCGCUGGUGAUGCAGGCCAACUGUUGCUUUAUCUACAUCUUCAUGAUCCGAACUCAAAAGAAUAGACCAUGAGCUUUCAAGCCUGUAUAGAAGUUGUUGCGGUUAUAUAGAAAGCUUGUAUAGAAAUUGUUGUGGUUAUAGCUAAUGCAGUUAUAGUGCUUUAAAAAUUUAUGCAUCUCAAUUCCUAUUAAUGUUUUGUACCAUUCUCAACCAAAUUCCAUGGUUCCAAUUUCAGUUGAGCAACUAACUAUAAUAUCAAUUUAUUGCCUUUUGUUGAAAUUGAUGCAGAUUUUUAGAAUAUUCUAGUAAAAAUAAAUAGUAAUGUAGUAAAGACUAGAACAUAUAUUCUAAAGUUGAUAAAUA